AUGGCUGACGACGACAUUGUUGCCAAAGCCAUGGCGGCCGACCUGAACCGCGAUCGUCAGGAGGAACUCCCUCUAAACAACGAACCAAAGCGAGGGCUAUCUUUUGCACCAAACUGCAACAACAGAACGGAUCACUAUUCCAAGCAUCGUAAAUUCCAGCUCAAGGGUAGAUGGAAUACCAAGAUUGAGGAUGAAGAGUCUAAACAGAUGGAGGGUCUUAUUGAUUACGACCCCCGCCCUUGGGCUCACAAAGAAGCAACAAGGGUCCUCAAGACCUUCGAGGCAAAGAGUACCCAGCCUCCUCCAGCCACCAUUGAUGACAAGGUAUCCUCCUCCAAGUCUGACAACUCCGGAGGCUACAAGCCAUUCAAGCCAACGUCACCGGCGACAUGGGGGCCUCCGCCGAUCUCAACGGACCCCCUUACCACACCACUAGGGCCUUUACCCACGAAUGGCACUUCUUCAAGCGGUGUUAUUGCACCUAGUUCCCCUGUCAACGGCACGUCUCCAGUGCGCCUGAUCUUCACGAGGAACCAAGCUCCCCCAGCGCUCAACGCUGCGGAAUACGUAGCUGGCAGUGGACAAUGCCAUAUCGUGCCUGGUAAAAACAAAGCCCUAAGUUACAUCACCAAGCUCCUUGUUAAGCUUCGUAUAUCUGAAAACGAGGGUGUUCUGGAGCUUCGAAGUGAUUUGAAGGGGGAUAAGAUCCACAAUGCACUUGCCAUGGACAAGCCUAUUCUUGAAGGCGACUACUGUGUUGUCAAAGUCAAAGCCAUGGAAUGGCCUUACUAUCUUCGAUUUGACACCACAGAAGAGGCACGAAAGUUCAAGCAUUGCCUAUCCAGCCUUCAGAAGUCGAUCCAUCACCACCAGAAGCAGGACAGCACAGAUCAUUCUCAGACAGACACCACGAACGAGGCAGAUAUCAAAACCUCCAGCACUACCGAGACCACUCAAUCCAUGGCGUCUGACACUGCUACUCCAAAAGCAGACCAGGUCAAGCCGGACAAGAUAGACACCAAUGCUUCGAGUUCUGCAUCAAACAGUGGAGCUACGAUACCUGCAGGUCCUGUCUCGACAUGCGCUUCUGAUACUUCUACUUCGACGGCCGUUGAACAGCCAGAUCCUUUGAUUUCUAUGAAAGAAGGAUGGGGUCUUGUUGAGAACAAUUCACUUCCGGAAAUUGACCAAAUCUCCAAACAUGUGAUUGGCUUGGUUAACAAGGUUAUUUCACACAUUCAAGAAAGGAGAGAAUUGGGUGCUGAGGAAAUUGCCGGAAUCAACGAUGCCAUCUUCGAUAAAUGGAUGAGCGAAGGAUUUCUCAGAGGUUUCAACGACCACCUCAAGCAAGAGUUCAUGAAGGCAAUUCGGUCCUUGGUGAGUCUACACUUCAGUCUGCAUUCCUACUUCACUGGAGCAGAUCUCUCAGACAAGGCCAAGGAGAAUCAGUACCCUGACUUUGGGAUCAGCGUUCCGAAAGUCGACAACAACACCAGCGCUAAUAACCCAACUGUCAUUCCCCAUGAUCAAAACGGUUCAACCGCCAGCUCUGAACGUGGAGUGCUCAAGGGCUUGAGCUCGUCGCGGUUCGCAAAAAAGACUGUUACUUUUCAGGGAAGUUUUACUGGUGUUCGUCCUCGCAACAGAAAUUAUUGGUAG